CGAACAGAGAACGUGGCAGCGUUUCCCUCGCAGGACUGUAAGGGCCGCUGUUGGCUAUAAGGUGACGAGCUGCGGCGGGAUCCAUCUGACUCCCUUAUUACUGCGGCUCUCUGAGAUCCAGGCGCAGUUUGUGUACAGUACCGGGCCAUUUCAUCAGAAAAGGGUGGAGGAAAGAGCUCAGUGAUCGUAUAUCGCGGGUCUCUAUUCGGAAAAAGGAUUUAACAUCUGCAUGGUUAUUGCUAUGUAAUCAGAGGGCUGAUUUGGCAGAAUGAUUUUUCAUAUUUUAUAAGACGUCCUUGGGAUUUUAAUACGAAAACUGAAACGGAGAAAUGGGUAUCGGGAAAAUAACGAGCACUGAAAACGGGCAAGUACGAUUCUGGAUAAUUUUCCUUUGGUUUUCUUAUGUAACCCAUGGACAAAUGCGAUACUCUAUUCCGGAGGAGAUGGUGAAAGGCUCCGUCAUCGGCAAUAUCGCUGCGGAUUUGGGGAUUGACGUUAAAAGGCUGAAAAGCGGCCGAGCUCGGAUCGUUGCCGGAGACAGCAGUCGGUACGUGGAGCUGAACACAGACAAAGGAAUACUGGUGGUCAAUGAGAGAAUAGACAGGGAGACGGUUUGUAAUAAAAGAUCUCCAUGUAGUUUUAAUUCUGAAAUUAUUCUCGAAAUUCCAAUUGAAUUGUACAGGAUUACUAUAGAAAUAAUGGAUAUUAAUGACCAUGCCCCAGCAUUUCCAAAAGAUGAAAUAAAUAUUGAGAUUAGUGAAUCGGCGCUGACCGGUGCGCGAUUUAUGCUGGACAGCGCUUAUGAUCCCGAUGUCGGUAUUAAUACCAUACAGAGCUACAGCCUAAAUCCGACUGAUAAUUUUGUAUUGAAACAGGUAACCCGUCCAGAUGGAACGAUUUACAUUGAGAUGAUGCUACAGUCCCCCGUAGACAGAGAGAAACAGGAGGACUUGUCUUUAACUUUAACUGCUAUUGACGGAGGUCACCCACCGAGGUCCGGUGCGAUGAAAAUACAUGUAAAGGUUUUGGACGUGAAUGAUAACGCUCCGGUUUUUACAAAAAAACACUACAGAGCUGAAGUCCCAGAAAACUCUUCCAAAGGAACGUUUGUGACAAAAGUAAGUGCAACUGAUUCUGAUAAAGGCAUUAAUAGUGAAGUCACAUACGCCUUCAGACAUAUCACAGACAAAUACAGUGACGUAUUUGAAAUAAAUGAAAAAUCCGGAGAGAUAUUUGUUAGUGGAAGUGUAGAUUUUGAAACUAUGCAGAAAUACGAGAUAAACAUUGAAGCUAGAGAUCACGGUGGUUUUACAGAUUCAUGUGAACUUAUUAUUGAAAUAAUUGACAUGAAUGAUAACAUCCCCAUUAUAACGCUGACAUCAUUCACUAAUCCAGUUUCUGAAGAUGCUUUACCUGGAACUACUGUUGCAGUUAUUAACGUUAAAGACUUGGACUCGGGAGAAAAUGGAGAGGUCACAUGUUUGAUUAGCGAACAUAGUCCGUUUGCAAUAAAAUCAUCUUUAACAAAUUAUUUUGUAUUACACACUGAGGAAUAUUUGAACCGAGAAACAAAUGCAGAAUAUAACAUUACAAUUAAAGCUUCGGAUCAAGGCUUACCCUCUCUCUUUAGUAACAAGAUGUUACAUAUCAGAGUAUCCGAUGUCAAUGAUAAUGCUCCAGUAUUUGAACACCGGUCUUAUUCUGUUUAUUUAACGGAGAACAACACACCCGGUGUUUCCAUUUUCACUGUAAAAGCGAAUGAUGCCGACUGCUGCCAGAACGCGCGCGUCUCCUACCUGCUGGAGGACUCGGAGGUCAACGGUGUGCCCGCCUCUUCUCUCUUGUCAGUAAAUGCNAAUUUUUCCCAAAUUAUCCACCUAUUUACAGAUUCUGCAAGAGGGGUGUACAUUUUUGAGCAGCACUGUGUAUAUAAAUGGCAAAUGCGUAAGUGUCUAACCUCUGAAUAAACUCAAGGGUGCAUGCUG